CCAGGCAGCAGGUCAAUGGGGCAGUCAUACGGGCGAUGGGGGGGGAGUGAGCGAGCGCGAUCUUUGCUAAACACCUCCCGGAGGUCGUGAUAGGCAGUAGGAAUUACGGAUAGGUCGAUAGCUUCGGGGGUGGAGGAAUGGGUGGCGGCGAGGCGCGGGCGAGCAGCCUUAAGACAAUGAAUAUGGCAAAAUGCGCUCCAGUUGAGGAUAGCGGGUUUAGCCCAAUCGAUGUGAGGGUUAUGCUUGAGAAGCCAGGUUAGACCUAACACGACAGGGGCUGAGCGAGAUGGAAUAACAAAGAACCUAGCGGAUUCGAGGUGAUUGCCGGAUAAGCGUAGCGAGAGAAAAUCAGUCUGACGGGUGACGUCAGCCAGAGGACGCCCAUCGAGAGAGCGAACUACUUUAGUAGUGUGCAACGGAGUUACAGGAAUAGAAAAGCGUUUAAUCAAGGCUUCAUCAAUGAAGCAGUCGUCCGCCCCAGAGUCAAUAAACGCCAUGAUGUCUAUGUCCUUGUCGGACCAGGAGAGCGUACCUGGGAGUUGUAGGCGGCUGGCCGACAGCGUCGAUGUGGCGAGUCUGGGAGCAGGGGCCGGCGCCGAGGAGUUCCUACGCGGCGGGCUGGCUGCUGGAGAGCGAUGGCGGUCCGGGCGAACCGGACAGCGGGCGAUGGGGUGAUCAGCUUGGCCGCAGUAGAUGCAGAGGUGCAGCUGGUGGCGUCGACUCCUCUCUGCCGGCGUGAGGCGGCUGCCUCCAAGUUGCAUGGGCUCGUCGCCCGGGAGAGCACCGUGUGACUUGGUGUAGGAGUGGCGCACCCCGUCAUCGUUUGUGGCGUGAGGAAAUGUUGAGGGCGCCCGUCGAUGGCCUUUAUCCUCCUCUCGGGCGGCGAGGCGCUUAUCCAUCCCGACAGCCAGGGAAAUGAGGUCGUCCAGGUCCGAAGGGGAUUCUACAGAGAUCAUGUGAUCCUUGAUGGCGUCUGAUAGUCCGGAAAAAAAUGCAUCCAGAAGUGCCGCGGGGUUCCAGUCACUUUGGGCUGCAAGCGCACGGAACUCUAUGGCGUAGUCCGAUACGCUGCGCCGUCCUUGGCGGAGACGAAGGAGUGCACGUGAAGCCUCGCGGCCUGGCGGCGUCCUUUGAAAGAUUUGUUCCAGAGUUCGGGAGAAGACUGCAUAGGAGGAGCAGACGGGGGAUUGGCGCCCCCAUUCGGCAGUGGCCCAGGCCGCCGCUCGUCCAGACAGCAAAUCCUUCGUCAUUCUCGUGCAAAUGCCAGCAAGGUCAUAUUCCUGAUCACCGACGGCUACUCAAACGGCGGAGAUCCUCGCCCGGUUGCAGCCGCUCUGAGGGAGCGCGGUGUGGAGAUCUUUACGUUGGGCAUCUGGCAGGGGAACAUCCGAGAGCUGCAUGACAUGGCCUCCCACCCCAAGGACCAGCACUGCUACCUGGUGCACAACUUUGCUGAGUUUGAAGCACUGGCUCGCCGAGCAUUGCAUGAAGAUCUCCCCACUGGCAGGUACAUCCAGGAGGACCUGUCACGCUGCUCCUCCUUGUGUGAAGCCGGCCGGGAAUGCUGCGACGUGAUGGCCAGCUGCAAGUGCGGAACACACACGGGACAAUACGACUGCAUUUGUGAGAAGGGAUACUAUGGAAAGGGUCUACAGCAUGAGUGCACAGCAUGCCCACCUGGCACCUACAAACCAGAAGGAGCGCCAGGCGGUGUGAGCACCUGCCUUCCAUGCCCGGACCAGCACCACACCUCCCAGCCCGGCAGUACCUCCCUCAGCGACUGCAUCUGCAAGCCGGGCUACCAGCAAGUGGGCGUGACCUGCCAGGUGGUCUACUGCUCUCCGCUUCAUCCUCCGCAAAAUGGCUUCUUCAUCCAGAAUGUAUGUAACAACCACUUUGAUGCGGCUUGCGGCGUGAAGUGCCAGCCGGGGUUCGAGCUCCAGGGAACGGGCAUCAGGCUGUGUCAGGCUGACGGCACCUGGUCGGGCUCAACUGCCGUUUGCAAAACGCGUUCCUGCCCACCCCUCACCAAGCCCCAGCACGGCUUCCUGAAGUGCAGCAACAGCAGUGCCUCCUACCGGGCGGAGUGCCAGGUGGGCUGUGACCGAGGCUACAGAAUAGAGGGGGGUGCCAGGAUCACUUGCCUGGCCAACUCCCAGUGGAGUGGACCCCUACCUCGGUGUGUGGAGGUACGUUGUCCCCCCAUCGGGGCUCUGAAGAACAUCCUGCUGUCCCCCCCUGCCUGCACGAGAAGGGCGGUGUCGCCGGGAUCCGUCUGCAUGCUCACCUGUCGCCAAGGGUACAGUCUCCAGGGAAACAGAAAGGCGGUGUGUCUCGGGUCUGGGAACUGGACGGCUAAUGUCCAUAAGGCGGUCUGCAAAGAUACUGAGCCACCAUGGAUCCAGUGCCCAGAGAGUAUUGUUGCAGAAACAGACGACCGACGCAGCACCGCCCAUGUCAACUGGACUGCCCCAACUGCCACCGACAACUCCAAAGAGGAGGUGGCCGUGCAGGUGAAACCGGUGUACACUCCUCCGCAACUCUUCCCCAUCGGAGUGGAGACCAUCACCUACAUCGCUGCGGAUCGCUCGGGGAACCAGGCCAACUGCUCCUUGACAGUCACUGUCAUUGAUACGGAGCCUCCAGUGAUUGACAGGUGCAGGUCGCCUCCAACAGUCCAGGCCUCAGGAGACACAAAGACGGCCGUUGUUUGGGAGGAGCCUCAGUUUUCCGACAACUCAGGUGGCCGCCUCUCUGUGACCAGCACCCAUCCUCCAGAUUCACUGUUCCCGGUAGGAGAGACUCUGGUCCAGUACACCGCUACUGAUGCUGCAGGAAACAGCCGCACUUGCAACCUCACCAUCACUGUACGAGGCACGACUUGUGAGCAGCCAUAUGCCCCGAUAAACGGAGAGUUCAUCUGCUUGGAGGAAGAGAAAGGCUUCAAUUGUACCCUGCACUGUAAGCCAGGCUACAGUUUCACUCAGGACGCAGUGCACAGCUACUUCUGCGCCCACAAUGGUUUGUGGGAGCCACCCUACUCUCCAGACAGACCCGACUGCUCAGUGAACCGAGUGGCCAACAACGGGCUAAAGCCAUUUGAGAUGCUGUUUAAAGCCUCUCGCUGUGACGACCUGGACCUGGUUAAGUCAUUUACUGGACACUUCAACUCCAAACUGGGAAGCUUGCUGCCAAAUAUUUGCAGCGGCGAUGAUGUCACUUGCAAACUGGAAGUGAUGUCACAAGGCCACUGUCUGGAGUACAACUACGAUUAUGAGAAUGGAUUUUCUAUAGCACCAGGAGGUUGGGGUCCUCAGGGCACACAAGACUAUGCAUACUUUGAGUCAGGCUUUGCCACGGGCGCCCGCCAGCAGAACAGCAGCCUAGAACCACGCCAUCGCAGCAAGAGGCACAGAAAAAUUCAGGGCCCUACCAGAGACCAGAAGAUACAGAUCUUUUUCAACAUCACAGCAAGCAUCCCUCUUCCACUGUCGAGGAACGAUUCCAUCGAGGUGGCCAAUCAGCGAAGGCUUCUGCGAACCCUGGAGCAACUAACCAAUCGUCUGAAGCGAACGCUGGCCAGGCAGCCGCUGUCCAGCUUCCACGUGUCCUCUGAGAUGAUUGUUGCUGACCCCAAAUCACUAGAAAGCAAGAGGGCCUCGCUGUUCUGCAGACCAGGCUCGGUGCUCAAAGGAAGAAUGUGUGUCCAAUGUCCGGUGGGAACGUAUUUCUCUCUGGAAUAUAAUGAGUGUGAGAGCUGCUGGAUAGGCUCCUACCAGGACCACGAGGGUCAGCUGGAGUGUAAAUCCUGCCCUGAGGGGACCUCCACCGCCUACCUGCACUCUCGCAGCAUGGCUGAAUGCAAAGGGCAGUGUAAGCCCGGCAGUCACUCUCUGAACGGCCUGGAGAUAUGCGAGUCAUGUCCACUGGGUCACUUCCAGCCCGGUUAUGGUGCCAGAGAGUGUCUGGUCUGUCCUGACGACACCUCCACUGUCACAAGGGGAGCUGUGGAUGGGGUGGAGUGCGGAGUCCCAUGUUCGUCAGGUCAUUUCUCCCGUACGGGCCUUGUUCCCUGCUACGCUUGCCCGAGAGACUACUACCAGCCUGAUCACGGACGCUCUUAUUGCCUGUCCUGCCCUUUCUAUGGAACUACCACGGUUACGGGGGCGACCACUAUUCAGCACUGCUCCAGUUUUGGCUCCAGCUUCCUCCCCAAAGAGGAGAGUGUAACUGCUGCUCCAGAGGUGGAGGUCAGUGAGGACUACCAAGCUAGCAGCCAGGUUUUCCAUGAGUGCUUUCUGAAUCCCUGUCAAAAUAAGGGGAUGUGUGAGGAGGUCGGUGCUGGCUACGUUUGCACCUGCAUGCCUGGAUUCACAGGUGCCAAAUGUGAAAUGGACGUGGAUGAGUGCGACUCGGCUCCAUGCUUGAAUGGAGGUAGAUGUAAGGAUGGGAUGGGAGAAUUCCAGUGUGAGUGCAAACCUGGAUAUUUAGGCUCUGUGUGUGAGGCAGAGGUGAAUGAAUGUCUCUCGUCCCCAUGCCUAAACGAAGGUGUGUGUGUGGACGAGGUCAAUAAGUUUACAUGCAGUUGUCCUGGCGGCUUCACAGGACCUCGUUGUGAAUUGGAAAUAAAUGAAUGCCUAUCCAACCCCUGCGAGAACGGUGGCAGGUGCGAGGAUCUGAUGGGUGGUUACGCUUGCGACUGCGCCCUCGGCUUCUCCGGGGACCGCUGCGAGGUCGACGUGGACGAGUGUUACAGCAUGCCCUGUCUUAAUGGCGGCUCGUGUCUUGACGCUGUUAACGAUUUCAGUUGUCAGUGUGUGGAGGGAUACCGGGGCCGACUUUGCGAGGUGGACGUGGAUGAGUGUGACCCCAACCCCUGCGUGAAUGGGGCCAGCUGCCUGGACGGUCUAGGGUCCUACACAUGCCGCUGCCUCCCUGGGUUCAACGGAACCAGGUGUGAGACAGAGAUGUCUUCUGCCUUCAAUUUGGACUUUGAGGUUUCGGGUAUCCAUGGUUAUGUAUUGAUGGAUGGAGUGAUGCCGGCACUCAUGGAGAUCACGUGCACCUUCUGGAUGAGGUCAUCAGACACUACCAAUUAUGGCACACCCAUCUCCUACGCUGUGGAGGGCAGCGAUAAUGCGUUCCUUCUCAUAGACUACAAUGGGUGGGUGUUGUACGUCAACGGCAAGGAAAGGAUUACCGACUGUCCUGCUGUGAACACGGGCAACUGGUAUCACAUUGGAGUGUCCUGGAGGAGCUGGGAUGGAGACUGGAGAAUAUACAUCAAUGGGAAGCCCUCAGAUGGAGGCAAAGGCCUGUCGGUUGGCACCAGUAUCCCAGGUGGAGGGGCUCUGGUGUUGGGUCAGGACCAGGACCAGAGGGGUGAGGGCUUCAACCCUGUUGAAUCCUUUGUUGGCUCCAUCAGCCAGCUCAACAUCUGGGAUCGAGUCCUCACGCCCCAACAGAUCAAGGUGCUUGCAAGCAACUGCCCAGCCUCUCAUGUCACACACCGAGGAAAUGUUCUUGCCUGGCCAGACUUUCUCAAUGGAGUAGUGGGCCGAGUUAAAGUCAACCUCAGUAGCAUUUUCUGUGCUGACUGUCCACAGCUCGAAAACGCUGUGCCACACCUCCACGCCUCCAACGUGGAGGUGAGCCCAGGCGCCCAGGUCCAGCUCUCCUGUGACCCUGGCUUCUACCUGGUGGGGGAGCCAGUGCUACAGUGUCAAAAUAAAGGAGAGUGGAGCCACCCUCUUCCAAGCUGCGAACGAGUGUCCUGUGGGUCUCCUCCACCUCUGGAAAACGGUGUGUUUCAGGGUGUGGACUUCUAUGCUGGCGGCUCGGUCACCUACCAGUGUAACGUUGGCUUUUACCUGUUGGGAGAUGCCAAGAUGCACUGCGCCAAUAGUGGCAAGUGGGGAUCAAAUCCACCGGCUUGUCUUGAUGUGGACGAAUGCGCCCUGGGAUCGGACUGUGACAGCCACGCAAGCUGUCGGAACACAGACGGCUCUUACAUCUGCACAUGCAUCCAUCCUUAUAGUGGAGAUGGCAAGAACUGUACAGAGCCGGUGAAGUGUGACAACCCUGGGUCUCCUGACUUUGGCCACAGAGAUGGAAGCAACUUCCUGAUGGGCGGUCAAGUCGUCUUCGGCUGCGAGAAUGGCUAUGAAUUGAUUGGCUCAUCCCACCUCCAUUGCCUGGAGACAGGAAGCUGGGACGGUCCUGUCCCCUACUGCAGAGCCCUCUCUUGCCCGGUGCCAUCUGUUCCAGAGAAUUCCUCCAUGAAGGGCAGCAACUUCACCUAUGGAAGCAAGGUGACCUUCAGCUGCAUGAAAGGUUUCCUUCCUCAAAUCCCCUACGAAUUCCAGUGUCUUUCUAGCCUGAGGUGGAGCGGGACGCCACCUGUUUGCCACCCGGUGUCCUGUGGGGGACCUCCAAUUGUCCAUAAUGCCCACUACACCCUCACCUCGAACACAUACCUGUCAGUUGUCUCAUACGCCUGUGCUGAGGGAUACAGACCACAGGCGCCCAUGGAAGUGGUUUGUGAAGAUACAGGGGAGUGGAGCAGGCCCUUUCCCCGCUGUGUGGACAUCCUUUGUGGUGACCCCCCGGUACUGAGAGACGCUGUAACUGUGGGAGAGAACUACGAACUGGGGAAUAAGGUGCACUAUGUCUGCAAAGAAGGAUAUACUCUAAUUGGGUCAGAGACCAGAGAAUGUCUUCCAAAUGGCCAAUGGAGUGACAGCUCUGCUCAGUGUGUGCCCCGCUCCUGUGGACCCCCGCCUGCCAUUGACCACGCCGAGCCAUAUGAGAGCCACCAGCUGUUUGGAGACACCGCAAACUACUACUGCACUGAUGGCUACACUGCAGGCAACAACUCCAAAAUGGUGUGUAACGCUCAGGGAGUCUGGGCACCACCUGAUGGAACAGAGGUCCCGCGUUGCAUCGCCAACUUCUGCUUGCGCCCGUCUGAGGUCUCUCAUGCGAUUUUAGACUCUGUGAACAAACCUAAAUACCCAAGUGACUCUGAGGUCAGCUACAAAUGUGAGGAGGGCUUCAUGCUCAACAGCACAGCAACGCUGCGCUGCCUGAUGGGAGGGAAGUGGGACCCUUCGCCAUUUGGUAUCAGCUGCGUGCCGGUGAGAUGCUCCAAGCCAGACAGCAUUGAGCGGGGCUACAUAAGCGGAACCAAUUAUAGUUUUGGUGCCAUUGUGGCGUACAGCUGCGAUAAGGGCUUCCUGAUCCGAGGGGAGAAGAGGCGGACCUGCAAAGCCAAUGGAGAGUGGGGCGGAGCUUUGCCUAGCUGUGUUCCUGUGUCCUGCUCCUCUCCACCUUCACUCAAGAACGGCUAUAUCCAGGUCCGAGGUCGAUUCACCUUCAACAGCAAGGUGAUAUAUUCCUGCAGCGCUGGCUACAGACUGAUUGGUCGUCCAGAGCGCGUUUGCCAAGCCAACCGCCAGUGGUCCGACAACGACCCUCCCACCUGUGUCCUUUUGACCUGCGACCCUCCUCCCAGCAUUGCGCAUGGACGCUACAAGGGCUCUGACUUCCAGGUGGGUCGCAAAGUGGAGUACUUCUGCGACGAGGGGUACGAGCUCGCAGGAGACGCCAUCUGGACAUGUCUCAAAUACGGAAGGUGGGACAAGUCCAAGCGCCCGCGCUGCUCACCUGUGCAGUGUCCAGAGCCGCAGCUGGAGGAGAACCACCUGGUUCUAAAAAGUCUGGACUCUGUGUCUGGGACAGUGGAGUUAUCCUGCGAGGAGGGCUACGUCCUGGAGGGGGCACAGAUCCUCCGCUGCAUGCCCUCCCAGGAGUGGAAUGACACCUUUCCUUGGUGCAAGCAGGUGAUUUGUGGACCUCCGCCCGAUGUAUCAUUUGGUGGACCUUCUUCAUCUUCUCCACCUUUUCUGUUCAACUCCGUGGUGACCUACAAAUGCAUGGACGGAUUCACUUUAAGAAAAGAGCGCACUGUGUCCUGUCUGUCCAAUGCGCAGUGGAGCGUUCCAUACCCAGAGUGUAUUCCCGUGGAAUGUCCUCAGCCUGUGGAGAUUUCCAAUGGCAUUGUGGACGUACAGGGUCUGAUGUACUUGAGCAAGGCAUUGUACAGCUGUAAGACUGGUUAUAAUUUAGUGGGGAACUCCACUGUACUUUGCGGGGAGAAGGGACUUUGGAUUGGAGGGGUGCCUUCUUGCCGCCCAAUCGAAUGCUCAACCCCCAAACAGACUCCAAAUGGAAAAGUAGUUUUCACAAAGCUUCAGUUUGGUCACAGUGCCACCUACUCUUGCCGCCGUGGUUACCACCUUCAAGGCCCGGAGACUCUUAAGUGCCUAGCAAGUGGGGAAUGGAAUCUUCAUCCCCCUGUUUGCAUGCAAAUAUCCUGCACCCCACCCCAACCCAUUGAAAAUGGCUUUGUAGAAGGUCAGGAUCACGGUUUCGGUGUCACCAUAUUCUACAGCUGUUUCCCAGGGUUCCAGCUUGUCGGCCAGGACCACCUCACAUGCGAGGAGUUUGGCUGGUCGAGUGCUGUUCCCGUCUGCGUGCCCUCUGACUGCGGCCUGCCUCCUCACAUCGACUUUGGUGACUAUGUUAGGGUGAUGGAGCUGGGAGCAGGCUCCCCUGGUGACUUGAGCUUCCUCCAGGGGACACUGAUUGAGUACCGCUGUCAUAAAGGUUAUGACCUCACAAGCCCUACUCGUUUGGUGUGUCAGGAAGGUGGCAGCUGGAACGGGACAGCCCCCUCUUGUGUUCCAGCAGAGUGUGUGACACCACCGACCCCGGAGCACGGCCAGGUGAACGUAACAGACACCUCCCUUGGCAGCACGGUCAUAUACACCUGUGAGAAAGGAUAUGAGCUGGAAGGAGAUCCAGUGAGGCAGUGUUUAUCGGGUCAACUGUGGACCAAUAAUCCUCCAGUCUGUCGUCCUGUUUCCUGUGGUGACCCAGGACCUCUAGCUAACGGCACAGCUCAUGGUAGUACCUUUGAGUAUCCUCAAGUCCUCUACUAUAAGUGUAAUCCUGGCUUUGUCAUCAAAGGUAGUGAUAAUAUUGUCUGUCAGGCUGAUGGAAAAUGGAAUGGACAGAAACCUCUGUGCAAGUCAGUGUCAUGUGGUCCCCCUGAACUCCCCAGUGAUAUCACUUUCAAAGGCAAAGAGUACGUCUAUAACAAUGAGAUUGAACUCAGUUGCAAGCCCGGUUUCAUCAUAAAAGGGAAGUCUGUCAGUGUUUGUCAGGCUGACGGCACCUGGAGCCACAAUUCUCCUACCUGCAUACCUGCCCACUGUGAGAAGCCCUCUUCAGUAUCUAAUGGGCGAGUGUUGGGGUCAGAGUAUGGCUUCAACAGUAAGGUAAAGUAUAUAUGUGAUGAAGGAUACACAAUGUACGGAGAUCCUACACGUGUUUGUCAGUCUAAUGGGCUUUGGGACAAACCAGCACCUCGCUGUGAUAUCAUCAGUUGCGAUCCGCCCGAGGACAUCAGCCAUGGUUUCCUGAACGGCUCCAGCUUCAACUACGACGACAUAGUGGAGUAUGUCUGCUUCGACGGUUACGAGGUAGUUGGGGACCCAGUCCUGCGGUGCUCUGCCCAAGGAUUCUGGAUAGGCACCGUGCCUCAAUGUCGACCCUGCGUCUGCGCCCUCCCCGUUCUGAAAUUCGGGGCGGUGCUUGGACACAAUCGCGCCUGCGGAGACAGAGUUCAAUUCCAGUGCGAUGACGGAUACAAGUUGCUCGGUCCUGCUCAGGCCGUGUGUGAGAAGGGAGGGGUGUGGAGCCCCGGGGUGCCUGUGUGUGGCCGUGGGAGGUGCACUGUCGCCCCGCCAUCAGUUCCAAACACUGUACUGCAGGGCGGCAGUGCCACCUUCCCAGACACAGUGAUGUACAGGUGUAGGCCUGGCUACCAGCCCAGGGGGUACCCACACCUCUCCUGUGGAAGAGAUGGUCGAUGGGGCGAGCCGAAGAUCAGCUGCGAGCCAGUGAGCUGUGGAAAACCUCCUGCUAUUGCCAAUUCUAAAGUGCAAGGAGAGGCCUUCACCUUCCCAAACAAGAUCACAUACAGAUGCGACAACGGAUACGAGCUUGCAACACAGACGGCUACUCUGUCCUGUCUCAGUGACGGCACUUGGUCUAAGCACAGCAUUCAUUGCCGCCCCGUUCCCUGCCAGCUCUCUGCCAAUCAUUCCAUCCCUCAUUUGGUCAUCACUGGAAAGGAGCUCACACCUGUCGGGAGCACAGUCACCCUCUCCUGCCCUCCUGGAUUCUACCUGCAGGGGUCUGCACUGGCGGAGUGUCAGCUUGGGGGACACUGGGCUCCAAGCAUUGCAUCAGUUUCAUGUGAGCUGGUGGUGUGCGAAAAACCCCCUCCUCUUCUCCAUGGUGUGAUGGAAGGGGAGAGCUACAACUAUGGAGACUUUGUCAUGUACUCCUGCCUGCCUGGCUUUGAGAUCAAGGGGGACUCUGUCCAGACCUGCCAGGCAGACAAAGCAUGGAGUAGCAGUCAGCCAGUGUGUGUUGCACAGUCCUGUGGGCCUCCUCCAGCAGUGAAGAAUGCACAGGUGCAAGUGACAGGGGAAACGUAUUUGCAUAACGCAAGCUACAUAUGUGAUGCCGGCCUGCAGCUGCUUGGCCCAAAGACACUCAUCUGUUUGGCUAACGGCACGUGGAGCCUGCCAGCUCCUUCCUGUGAAGUGUCUCAGGGCUGCAGUGGCCCCAAACAGAUGAUACACGGCAAAGUGCAAGAUCACAACCUGACCACCGGCCGUGCCGUGGAGUUCCAUUGCAAUAAAGGCUACGACCUGGUGGGAGACUCCCUGGUCUUGUGCAUGGGGGGCAACACCUGGAGCUCCAGCUUCCCCACUUGCCAACCCAAGGCGUGCCCGACUCCUCCAGGCUGGAAGGAGACGGGCGGCAGGAGUGAGGCCCGCAAGUUCUACGUCGGUCAGUCAGUGCGGGUCAGCUGCCCCAAAGGCCAGCAGGUGAGAGGUGGCGGAAGCAUCACCUGCAGACCCGACCAGACCUGGACCUCCAUCAGCACUGUCUGUGAGAGGGUGUCCUGUGGCCCCCCACUCCACGUGGCCAACGGGGUGGUGCGGGGGGCGGUGUUCCAGUUCGGGGACGUGGCCGUGUACUCGUGUUUUGGCGGCUACGCCAUGGAGGGCGUCGGAAGGAGCAGGUGUUUGGAGAACGGCACCUGGACACCGCCUCCCACGUGCAGAGCGGUGUGUUGGCUGCAGUGCCAGAAUGGAGGUGUGUGUCAGCGGCCCAACACGUGUGCCUGCCCAGAAGGCUGGAUGGGUCGACUCUGUGAAGAGCCCAUCUGCAUCCUGCCAUGCUUGAAUGGAGGGCACUGUGUGGCACCCUACCAGUGCGAUUGCCCCACUGGGUGGGCGGGCACCCGCUGUCACAGUGCGGUGUGUUCGUCACCUUGUCUGAAUGGAGGCAGGUGCAUCAGGCCCAACAAGUGUCACUGUAGUCCAGGUUGGAGCGGACACGACUGUUCCAGGAAAAGGAGGUCAGGAUACUAUCACUUCUAAAAUGUUCCACUCCUCCAAGUGAAUCAUCAUGUGAAGGCGGAUUCCUGUAACUGACUCUCUCAAACCAGCUCUUCCAAAAUGUUUUGUAAAAUAAAGCUGUAUUUUUUCAUAUAAAAAGAACCAACAGUAUUAAACAUAUGCUGCUAUAUACUUGUAUGAUGUGUAAAAAUGAUGGAUGUUUUUGGGUGUACCUGUAAACGUUUUUUUUUUUUAAUUAAACGCAUAAAAUGCCGUUAAUUACUUGCGUUUGACACAGCUGUCUGUACAUAUGCAGUAAGACAAAUUAAGCACCAAGGGCUUUAGAGUUAUCCUUUAUUUAAUCCACCUUGCUCGAAAAGAAUACAGGAAAAGGUUCAUGCACUGAAUGAUGUUGGGUGGAAUAAAGUGUGUCAUUAUGGA